CUCAGGUGAAAAUGAGUAUUGUCAUCUGCGUUGGUGGCGGCCCAAAAAUAAGUUGAAAAACUUGAGUGUGCCGUCACCAUAUCUUCUGAUGAAUAUUGGAAUAAAGGCAAUCAUACUUCCAGUUUCUGUUCCUUGCCACCAGUUUUUACGAGCAGUAGGCAACCUAGACGACCAACUUCCAACUACAGAUGACCUUCAUAACUUCCAAGCAUGAUCUGAAGCUCGAGAAGGUCGGAAGCCCAAGGGUCGGUUAUGUGUGCACAAGGGACGUUGAACGUCCUUGGCGUAUUCAACGACUAGACAGACGGGGAGCUGUCAAAAGACCUUCUAGUAAUUUAGGGUUCCAAAUUAAAUCAGACGCUUUGAAUGAAAAUUCCUUAUUGCAUUAUUUUCGACAAAGAAACGGAAAUUGGGUACAUCGUAUAACAGGUCAGUCUGCACUUCUCAAUAGCCAAGGCGAAACACCUGCGAAGACGUGGUCUAAUUAUUCCACAUAUGCACUAAAAUCAAAUUAUUUUUUCUCAUAACUUCAAAUUAUUUUUCUUGGUCACACUAAUUCACUUUGGGCAGUUAUUUUUUAGCUGUCCGUGCAGUGGCUACGGGUUUCAGCCAGGAAGGAUAACCACGCUCGUUGCUACGGUAACGAAGCCGCUUCUGAAUAGCCCUUCCACGGGAACCAAUCAGGCCUUCACAGCGAGAGUUUGUGUUACGCAGGCUAAGACACGGAGAUCACUUUCGUGCGGACAAGGCCGCGCGACACAACUCACGGUUGUGAAGACAUUUGUCGACGCGAGGUUUUUCUGCAGAACGACAUUGAGUAUCUUUCGCAGAGCCAAGAUGAGGGUGGCAGCAGUGCUGAUGUACGCGAUGACGCUGUGUUUGUGUUUGCUGAUGAGGCAGUCGCAGACCGCUCCGUAUGCGGACACUUUCAAACAACCGGUGUGUAAGGACGGUGUGCUUUCUGGAACAUACCUUCUGACCCGUGGGGGAGAGCGGGACAGGCUGCACCACGGUCUGCAGGUCCUGAGGAAGGAGAGAGACAUGAUGGUGAAGCGACUUUGCGAAGCUGCACGGGCCAGAGUUGCUCCAACAGGAAUCCCUGACGAGAUCGAAUCAGUCGAAGACUUGGUGGAGCGAAUCGUUUCCAUCGUGGAGGAAGAGCCAGAGACAGGUAAUCCAAGGGCUGACUUUCAAGGGCAUGGGAUGUCUCAUCACAAACUUCAGAUCUGUCUGAGAUCCUUGUUCUAG